UCGGUAUUUUUUUCCAUCCUUCGUGAAUUCCACGUGUGAUUAAUGUAUCGUUAAAAUUAAUUGAGGAUAAUGAAAUUAGCGCCGCAAUAUCUAUUUUAGAGAUUUUCGUUGAUUUUGAAAUGCGAUCGAUUUGGACGAGAGUUCGAAGAUCGGGUUGCAAUAAGGCAGACAUCCCGAAUGGCCAAGUCACAGGAAGCGGCGAAGGUGCACCUCCAAAUUUUACGACGGGAAAUGUGGCGCCAACUGAACCACCGAAGAACCCAACAGUGGUAGAAAAUGUUAAGUCAGAAACUGCUGUACCGGCGAAUGCUCAGGAACAAACAAAAACACCAGAAGCUGCAGCAAUACCAAACGUUGAAGCUGCCAAACCAGCUGUAGUUAAAGAAACAAAGGUAGAAGAAAAUGCGGAGAAUCCAGAAAACGCUCAACCAGAACAUGUUCGAGUUGAGGAGAUCAAAUCAGACGCCCAUCCUGUUAAUGUACACGUUGUUCCCGAACAAGUGUUAGUGCAGGAAAUUUUAACAGCGGCAACUGCUAAAACAGAUGUGGCAGAGCAACUCAAAGAGGAUGUCAAAAGCGAAGUGCAACCAUCUUUAUCAGCGACCGAGGCUUCGGUACCAAAAGAUGAUGUAAAGAAAGAAGAGACGGAGCCGAAGGAAUCUGCCGAUUGGCAACUAAGAGAACAGCAGCUUCUCAAGAUUAUAGAAAACUUGGAGACAGUUAAGACCGAAACAACUGAAAAUGGUCUUAAGUUGGAAUUGAAGGUCCGUGAAGAGGAGAUAGAUCUUCUCAAAGCCAGGGUUAAGAAUCUCGAGACAGAGUUGCAGGCCGCACUUUCAAAGCCUGGCGGGAAGAACCAAGAAAUUAUUGAAAAGAUCAAACUGCAACAUGAAGAGUUGCUGAGCAAAGCGCGCGGGAUGAUCUUCGACAAGACGAAGGUGGUCAAGAACCAGGAGCUUCAGAUCGAGGCGCUCAGCACGCAGAUCCAGUCGCUGAAGGACAUCAACCUCAUCACCAAGGACCUGCUGGAGAUCAGGAACUCCGAGGUCAAGGCGAUGGAGGAGCGCCUGCAAGUGAUGGAGGCGCGCUUCAAGGGCGAGAAGGAGCGCUACGACCUGGUGCUGAAGCGCGCGCAGACCAGCACCAACAUCAACGACGACCUGCGCAGGGAGUACGAGACGCAGCUCGCCAUAUUCAAGGAGUUGAGGGAGAAGUAUGAGUUGAGGGUACAAGCCCUGGUCGCCGAGAACAAUCGUCUGAAGGAAUCUCUACAAGGAGGAUCGACAUCUGGAUAACUUGGACCUCGGAAGAUAAUCGUUUUUUUUUAAUUUAAAUAAAGACUGUUUUUGUAAAGGAUACUAUGAAUUAAACUAAUGAUUUUUACAAGCA